AUGGGGGAAAUGGAGACUUACCACGGCUAUGUGCGUACGCCUGGAGACGCUAUCAAGCUCUUCGAGGCGUGCAGAUUAGGUUUACUGCCUCGAGUGCAGAGGCGGUUAUCGGAAAAGGAGCGACAGUCCAUCAGAUCGGGCUCGGUUUUCGUAUGGGAUGAGAGGGAAGCUGGUAUGCGUAGAUGGACUGACGGGAAGUCUUGGAGCGCAAGCCGAGUUUCCGGUAGUUUUCUUACGUACAGAGAAAUGGAGGGCAAGCGAGGAACCACGUUUGGCGCUUCGCGACGAAGUAAUGGAAGGACGCCGGAUAGCGCUGGUCGGCUUAGUGACGACGACCCGGACGGCGAGCCUGAAGGUUACCGUUAUAAGGCGGAUGGACUGAUGAAACAGUCGUUCAGCAUCGCAACCCAACAAGGCCAACAUCUUCAUCUUAUCUCGUACUAUUCCAGACCCCACGCCGGGGCACCCGAUCUACCUCAACCAAGCACCGAUCCCCAACUUCGACACAUCGUCCCCGCUAAGGGCAUGUACCCCGAGUCAAGCCUACACGACACCAACCCGCCUGCUUUAACAAGAACACCUAUGCAAUCGUACGCCACCCAUAACACCGCGCUUGAGCAACCAUCAUAUAACGCGUAUGGAGCUCCUUGGGGAUCGCCGGCAUGGCAAGGACCUUGGCCGCCUUCCCCCAACCAGACUCCACCUUGGACACAGGGGAAGCUUACACCAGAGAUGAAGCCUCAAGUUCGGCCUCAACCACAUCAACAUCAACAUCAGCACCAACACCAACAUCAACAUCAACAUCAACACCCGCAUCAACACCAGCACCCACAUCAGCCUGUACAAAGGCCACCCCAGCUUCCUCCACUGCCGCCAACGUCUACACCAUCUGCACAGGCUCCCAUUUACCCCAAGAGUCUCGGUAGCUAUGAGAGCGAAAGGUUACCGCCACCUACUAUUAACAGACCGUACCCGAUGCCCGUGCGUGCUCCGAGCACGUCUCCUCAGUCGCAACACCUUCAAAUCCAAGCUGCUGCGGCAGCACAGGCGGCACAAGCUGCGGUGGCAGUUUCAGCCGUGAUAGAUCCUCGGCUAUCAGCAACAAGCGCACGCAAUCCUCAAGGACCACUGCCGACGAUACCAUCAGCAUCUCGGGGAUUGACGCCUCCGAGAACCCAUUCUGUAUCGCCACCGAGGCCGACAGGUCCUGAGAGUGCGAACGGCAACGCGAAUAAGGCAAGCUUGUCGGCGCUUCUUAACAUGACCCCGGCAAACUCGGAGCCGAAUAGCGCGAACCCCGGUAGCAACAAUAGCGCUGGUAGUUCACCUCGAGCUCUCUCGGCGGGAACUACAGGUGUACCGCCGCAACCCGUUGAUAUGUUUAGACGGGAGGAUAGUAGAGCCAUUCGAUCGCUUGAUCGAAAUCUCUGCAUUUGA